AUGCUUGAUUUAAGUUAAUUAAGUCAGGUUGUCAUUUACUAACUAACUUGCUUAUUUACUUACAAACUAAAUAAAAUAUAACUAAUAUCUUUACUUACUCAUCACAAAACAACUAAAAUAUAACGAAAGCCAUUGUUUUUUUUACCUUCCUUUCUCCUCCUUAUUUAUUUCUUUGUUUAUUCUUAUAUUUAAAGUUGGAAUGAUAUUGGUGCAUAUGGUGUUUACGGUGCAAAAUAUUUAGGCAUAGGAAUAGCCUAAUGCAAGUAUAUCACAACUUUGAUGCUUGAUUUAAGUAUGAAUGAAAUUGGUGAUGAAGGUGUAAAAGAUUUAGGCACAGGAAUAGCCUAGUGCAAGAAUAUCACAACUUUGAAGCUUGAUUUAUGCUUCAAUAAAAUUGGUGAUGACAGUGCAAAAGAUUUAAGCAUAGGAAUAGCCUAGUGCAAGAAUAUAACAACUUUGACUCUUGAUUUAUUUUGGAAUUAUAUUGGUGAAUAGGAAGAUUUGGGCACAGGAAUAGCCUAGUGCCAGAAUAUCACAACUUUAACGCUAAUAAGAUGAAAUAUUUUAAAUAAUAAUAGAAGAUUAUUUUUAUAAUAGUUAACAUUUAAAAGAAAGAAUUUAUAAUGCCUAUGAUUCACUCCUGAAAAGGGUCUAAUAAGCAAUCAAUAACA